UGUUACCCAAUACCGAUUUACGGUUCACCGUAUAUCAAAAAAUUCACAGUUGCUACAGUACAACUUCUCUGUUAAUUGGAAAGAUAAAGAUUGCUCAGUUAAAAGCUUUCUCCGAAUUACGAAUUUACGACAGAAAAGAAGAGCUGCAAGAUCCCCUGCUGUGACAAUCAGUGAAAUGACGAUACGAAUAAUUCUAUCGAAAUGCUGAGCAAUAGUAACACGGACUACGGAGGCUUAUUUAUUCUAGAGCGUUUCCUCACCUUGAAGACGCCGCACAGCUGGCAUCCACCAACUACACAAAAUCCGAUAUCGAUCAGCAAAUAAAAAUCGAUUGGGUAUUCGGGAGAGAAUUUUGGCCUUUGGAUUGUCUGUAGUGGCUGACAUAUGAGUAUCCAGUCAUUCCAGUGCACACUCAUCCUCCGUGCUGGUGUGUCAGGUUGAUUGACAAUUUUUUCGUCUGUAACGACUAACGUUCUCCUAUACAUUCGCUCAUUUGCAACAUCACUCAUGGAAGGUGAGAGCACACCCCAGAGUGUGGAGCCCUCGGAGCCUGCAUCCGAUACUUCCUUCAGUUCCUUGCCUACCCAGAUGUCCCCUGUAGGGGGGGUGCCACUCACAGAGAACGCGCAUCCCAUUAUUAACGCAACUCCGGAGACAGCGCAAGAUAGUCUUGAUGUCGACGAAGGGGAACUGCUGCAGUUAUAUAGACGCAUCCCACCUCCUGAUCUGAGGGCCUUUGCGUUGGCCCGAGCGAAAGAGAGGAUGACGUCUGAUAUUGCGAGGAAGGUGAAAGACGACGGAAUAUUCGAUAGCUUUCGUAGAGCAUGGCUGAAAGAUUUGGAAACCAAGCCUCAGUUUCAGAACCUAAUUCGUCGGGUGGAGAUUCGCUGCUCCGAAUUCUUGAAAACUAUCAAGUGGUCCACCGACCUGAAUAAGACCCAGUUGCGCGACAAACUGCAGCAUUUCAUUGAAGGGUUAAGCUUCGUAGAUACAGGUAUUCGAGACCUGUUGCAAGAAAUCAACACGGGCGUUUAUUCCAACCCGAUUCCCAUUCAGCGUUUCGAGGACUCUGUUGCCCGUAUUGUGGGCGAAAAAGUUAAGCAGUGCAUCGAAUCUUCUAUGCCUGAUUUUCCACGCCUGCGGAAAAUGCACGGUGACGAGGAAUGUUUACCUGCGCCUCCGAUGUCUCUUCCAUUUUCCUACCGCGAUAAUCUUUAUACACCGAACGGAUUGCAACCGGAGGAAGUGCGGAGAAAAGACCUGCGCAAUUCGCGCUCGAAAUCCCCCGAUCUGGUCGACAUGGAAAUCUCCAGUCCCGAAGGCUCCGCGAUGGAUCUGGACGAUGUUCCCCUGCCGCAUUCGAUGGAUGUUCCCGACACGGGAUUCUCCAGUGAGCCGCCAUCAUUGUCACCGCGUCCCCCGGUAUCCACCGCGCAAAGUCGUGACGAUCGUGUGGAAGGGGCGCUGGUUUUGUUGAUGCUAGCAUCGGGGAAAGAAUGGGGCUCCUCGCCGCCUAGCAGUACUAACGAUGUGCCGAGCGUGGCCACUGACGAGAUCUUAUCCCCGUCGGAUAAUGGUGAACCAGCUUCCUCCGUAACACUGGUGGAACAUCCGUCGAGUACGGAAAGUGAGCCUUUAUCGACCCAUUCUGUUGAACAUUUACCUCCUGACAAUAGCCCCGGCAAAGACCGCUUAUCUGAUAUUAUGGUGACCACGGAGCCGGUAUCCGCGGAAAGUUCCCCACGACAGGAAGAACCUGAAACGAAAACGGAGAAGGAUGUUGUUGUGGAUACGAAACCAGCAGCGCCAUCCCUGGAUGCUUUGUUCGACCCCAUUGAAAGUGGUUCGGACGAAGAGAAGCCAGCGAAAAGUGCAAAGGAUGUUAAAACCGAACAGAAAGUUGUUCCCGACAAACCGAAAGAAGUAGAGCGCCCUCCAACCGUAAUAGCGCAAAAAGUUGUUCCUCCAACUACCUCGUCGAGUUCUCCAAAGCCGGUUCCAGUAGGCCCCAGAGUAAAACCCAAGGCUGUUGUCAGGCCUCCUGAGCAGUUCCAGUCCAGAAUAACAAAAAUCUCUACAGAAAAACUUCCGAUCUCUCAAGCUAAAUCUCUAAAGCGGCCCGCUGCCAAAAUAAAGGUUCAACCACCUAAGAGAGCGGCUAUUGCGGCCAAAAAGGACGUGAAGCCGGAGCCGAAACCAGUUCCUGUUAAAGAGCGUCCAAAAUUUGUUCCUGUUAUAACUGAUUUUACUCUGGAGCCUUCGACAUCGAAAGAGGAAGGAGGCCUCCAGCCCGUAGAAAAAUCUGACAUACCGCAUAAAUCGGAUGUGGAACCGCCGAAGGUGCAAGCACCAGUUGUGAAGGCUGAGAAACGAGAUGUCCAGGAAGCGAAAAAAGCUGACGAAACUGAAAGUGAAGCGUCUCAGGAGUCCCAAGUUCCUGCUGGCAGCACGUUCGAAGCCAGGCCGACACGACAGCGGAAAACCAAUUCAAAGUACUGUAACGAUGCGUUCGUUAGUGUGCCGCCCCUGCCAAAACGGACGCCGUCCACACGGAAGAGCCGCAGUGGAGAAGUCUCGCACACCGUUUUAGAAGCAGGCGUUGAUGAAUCGGCGCCCUCGCCGGGUGCAAAUGCCAAUGUAGCAGAAGGCGGAAACGGGGAAGGACGACCGACCAAUAAGAAAAGAAAGCGGUGAUCGAUACUUUAAUUUUUUUUGUCAAGCUCCAAGAUGAUUUCUGUUCUACAUUGUCUACAGUAAGCUGUAAGGGCAUGAACAUUCUUUCUUUUAUUCGGAUUAUUUAUUGCGUUAUUAAUCGUUUUUAAAGCGCUAUAUGUUGUGACGUUACUAAUUGUGCUUCUGCUGUUUGGUUUGCUUUUUAUACGUAAAGGAAUAUUUAUAUUUCGUCUACCUCUGCUGGCAUUGCAGAUUGGUGUACAGUAGGUAACCAUGCUGAGCUAAUUAAAUUGCUCCUUCA